AUGGCCAGGACUGGCAAUUUGAAGUUCACUCUAAGAUCCCAUGAUUGUCCAGUAACGGUUCUCGAGUAUUUCUAUUCCCCCAACCACUAUUCACAAACCAAUCAAUUGCUAUCGACAACCUUGAUCUCCGGGGAUGAGACAGGAACUUUAGUAUGGUGGAACUUGAAUACCAGAAGACCAAUACUUAAAUGGAAGGCUCAUGAUAAUAAUAUUCUCUCAGUGAAACAACUCGGGCUUCAAUGGAGGAUUUCCGAAGAAAACCACGAUUGUUUGAUCCCGGUGUUUGGUGAUUAUUUUGGAUUAUUAAUGACCCAUUCUAGAGAUAAUACCAUGAAACUUUGGGAUUUAGCAAGCUAUAUCAACAAUACCACUAGUGUUAUACCAUCUGGUAAUGGUCCAACUGCAAAUGUGGUGGAAUUGACUCCGGUGCUCGUGGAGCAAAUCAAUUCGUUGAAUUUUUGCAAUAUUGAUGUGCUAAAUGAUAGAUUUUGUUCAUUGAAUCGUCUUAAUCCGGAUUUUUUCGAUGUGACAGUGGUCAAUUAUGACUCUAAAACCAGGGAGUACUCGACCGAAAUGAUGUUUGAAAGUAUCGAUCCAGGAAUCCUUGUGAAGAACAUUAGCCUCAAGAUGUCAUCUUCGGAAUUGAAAAAACUCAAAAAAUUGGGGAUCAUCAUGAAACUUAAGUGGAUCUCCCCAACCCAACUAGUGUUGGGAUUUGAAAGUGGCCAUUUACUCACGUUAUAUUUCCCACCAAAUACUAAAAGUUUGACAUACAUCGAUGAUCGGAAAAUCCAACAACUUGAGGAUAUGCUCAAUGUCGAUAAUCUCGAAUCGACGUACCAACGAAUAGCCGAAGGUAAUACCGAUGCCAUUGCUCAUAUCAUUUAUGGGGAUACGACUUCGGGUUCAGGAAUUGUUGUGAAUGAGAUCAAUUCUUUCCAUUAUCCGAAUCCCAUUUUAGAUAUCGCCAUGGAUAUGAAACAUUGCCAAUUGUUGGUAUCCUCAACGGGGUCCAAGUUGAUGGUGUCGAGAAUUCUGAAUAUUGUGCUGGAAGUAAAGGAAAUUAAUGAUGAUUAUGAGUUGCUGGUAGACUUAAAAUCUAUUGGGAUAUCCUCAGUGGAUACGAGAAUCGAUGAUUUGGUGGCAGUGACGUUCUGGAACGGUCAAGUAAAGUUUUACCAACAGGUUGUCGAUACGAAUAAUAAUCGUGAUCUAAAUAAACUCCCGUUCAAAAUUACCAAGGAAAAAGCACAUAUUGCAAAAGAGUUUUCUGCCAACCCUAACGAUCCGGAAAUUUUGGCGAAUAAACAAAUUCGGAGGUUUAAAUCAAAUGUGGUUAGGGUUGCUAAAGUUCAGUCAUUGAAAAGUUUAAAUGAGUUGGCCCGGGAUUAUAAAGCUGCUAAUGUGAAGGAUUUACUUUCUUACAAGAGGUUUUUGAAAGAUAUGGCCAACCAUUGGGUAGCGGUGGCGUAUGAUGAUGGAUCUGUGGAAUUACAUGAGGUGGGGAUAGCUGAAUAA